AUGAUUUAAAACAAGUAAAAUAACCAAUUAUUAUAAUUAUAGAAACAAUAUUAAUAAAUUGCCAGAAACUCCAAGAAAAAUACUUAAAUAAUCUCACACUUGGCAUAAUAAUUAAAAUUACAUAAAUAAUUAACUUCCAAAUGACUUAAAUAUCAAAUGUAUUUCAUCUCAACCUAAUAUGCAUAUUCAAUUUGAUUCUCUCAUAAAAGAAGAUACCUUUGAAAAUUUAAAAAAAGUAUAAGAUUUAUUUCAUUUACCUUAUCUAAUAACAGACAAGGAUGCAAAACCUAUAUAAUAUAAUUCAUAUUUUAUGAAUGCUUUUGAAAUAAGUGAUUAAAAACAUAUUCAGUAUAGAAUCCAAAACAUGAAAAUAUACCGUCUUGAUAAAAAAAGCCAAAAAGUUGUUAAAAAAGUCUUCAUAGAAAAAUAAAUCAAUAAUAAUUUUUACUUAAGUUCAUUGAGCUAACCUAAUAUUAAUCAAAUGUUGAGCAUUUCUAGCUAACCUAUUAAAUUACACUUAAUUCAUGUUCUAUAAAUUAUGGAUGCUUAAAAUUGUUAAUGUUCUGUCAUAGAUUUCUAAUCAGAAUUUUUAAGAAAUGUUUAUUAAAUUGAUAUUAAGCUUAUUUAAGGCUAUUUUCUAUUUAUUUUCACUUAAACAUAGGAAAGAGAUGAUUAUAAAAAUAAAAUAAACACUAAGCUUUUAAUGAAUUAAUUAUUUAGAAGUUUAAGUCAUGAGUUUAGUACUUCACUAAAUUGCAUAUAAAUAUUGGCUGAAAAUGCAGCAGAAGAGUUAUAAGAAACAAUUGUGUAAAAGUAUAUAUCACCUUUAUUAAAUUCAUGUAAUAUAAUAAAAUAUUUUAGGUUAUAUAUUAAAUAGUAUUGUAUAAGAUGUCAAAGAUUUUAGUUUGAUUUUAUCAAAGAAUUUUACUUUAACAAUAAAAAAUACAAAUAUAUACAAAUUAAUUAAUGAAGUUACUGCCCUAUUUUAAUAAUAAUUAUAAAUGAAAGGUUUGAAAAUUAAUAUUAUAACAAGCAAUCUUUAAAUUCAUACAGAUGCUUAAAGAGUGAGAUAAUCUCUGAUAAAUUUAUUAUCAAAUGCUUAGAAAUUUACAUUUUAAGUAUUAAAAUAAUCAAUUUUAGGGAAGUAUAACAAUUACUGCAACUGAAGAAAGUAUUAAAGAUACUAAAUAUGUUAAGAUCUCUGUAGAAGAUACAGGACCAGGAAUGGAUAAUGAAACUCAACUUAAAUUAGAAUAGUUUUUGAAAUCUAGUUAAAAAUGUAGAUAUAAAGAGAAAAAUCAAUCAUUUGGAAUGGGGUUAUUAAUCACAGAAAAAAUAGUUAAAGGUUUGUCUUUGAAUUACGAAGGUGGUAUACAUUUUGAAUCUAAUGUAUAUUAAGGAUCUAAGUUUUGGUUUUUAGUAUAAGAUUUAAAUUAAGAAGAAUUACCAAACUAGAAUUCUAAAUAGACAAUUCGUUAUAACAAGAUUAAUUCUUCUUAUAGCAUUUCAAAAUAUGAUUAAAGUUUCCCUGUUAGUCCUACUUUAAAAGAUAUAAAACACCAGUUUUCACCACUUUUAAAUCAUAGAUUUAACAAGGAUGGUUAGAAUUUAUUAUUAAAUUAAAGCAGUUCAAUGAGUCAAUCUGAAAGUAAAUAUUAUUAAGAGAUUAAUUAGAUAUAUCUUAUCAAGAAGAAAAAUUCGACUGUAUUCUCAAUCCUUAUAUUAUGAAAUAAGGAUUUUAAAAACCUUUGAAAAAUAUCAUAGAGUUAGAAGAAACACCUUCUAUUUCAACAAAAAUAUUAAUUGUUGAUGAUGAAUUUGUAAAUGUUUAUGCUUUAAAAAUUAUGUUAAAUCGUCUAAAUUAUUAAUGUGAUGAAGCCAAUAAUGGUUAUGGAGCAUUAGAUAAGUUUAUGAAAAACUAAUAUAAACUAAUUUUUAUGGAUAUAGAAAUGCCUACUAUGAAUGGAGUUACAGCUACUAAACAAAUUUUUUAGUAUUGUGAAUAAAACAAUUUACAAAAACCAAUAAUAAUUGCAUAAACUGCAUAUACAGAUUCAUUGACAAAAACAGUUUGUUAUGAAGCUGGAAUGAACUAUUUUUUAUAAAAACCAAUCCAUACAAAAGAUAUUAAGUAAAUUCUUGAUGAAAAAUUGUGA